GGAUGAAUCAUAUUGAGGAGGUCCCCGACUGUCAGUGUGAUUCCUCUCGUUGUAUUAUGAACAGUAAAGUCAAGGUAAGCGAUACGACAGACUUCAGCUGGGCAAACUGUUCUCUUGCAGUACUUGGCGAGACUUAUGAUUUGCACAAGUGUCAAUGUCCAAUGUAACUGCUGCCAAUUGUGGGAAUGGAUUUUUAGAACCGGGUGAAGAAUGCGACUGUGGCUCUUUCCCAGAUGAGGUUUGUUCGAAAGCCUGUUGCAACGGAACGACCUGCAAGCUCCGACCGACAGCAAAGUGUGCAUCUGGCCUGUGCUGCGAACUUGCAACCUGCAACAUGAAAUCGGUAGAAAUGGUGUGCAGACCCGUGGAAGAUGAUUGCGACGUAGAGGAUCACUGCGAUGGGAAUUCCAGUUUAUGUGGUGAUGACGUCAAACCAGAUGGAUCCAUGUGCACAGAUCGGCAGUACUGUUACAAUGGCAAGUGCCAGCCACGUAACGCUCAAUAUUCCCAGCUGUGGCUCGAUGAAUCCGUUGUUUCCGCUGGCGAGAGAUGCUACAGCCACACAACUGUUGAGGAUAGCAACUGCUUCUAUUGCGAUUAUAAUGUAAGCUCAAAAACGUCCAUUCCAUGCAAGCAAAAAGAUGUUUUGUGUGGUAGCCUGCUCUGCGAUCUCCGUCAAAUACAUCCAGAUUUGAAAUCACUGCAUGACAGGUGCCAGCUGGGAUUGGAGUGCGUGUGCGCUGUCUACAAGGUGGAUCGAAGAAACAGCCAUGCUACAUUUGUGAACGAUGGAACUUCAUGCGGAAGAAGCUUGGUGACGAGUUUAUAUUUGGUCAUUUCAAAUUGUCAAAACAAUUUUAAGUGAGAGUUUCGUCUUUAAUUUACAAUUUGAAGAUGUGCUCCAAAAGAGAAUGCGUCAAAAGGGAGUUCAUCAUUAACGAGGCGAAAAGAUUUUCACGUUUUGAUCCAACAAAUAAUGGCUAUCAAAGAAAAUUAUCAACUGCUCUUCAUCAAUUUGUUUUUUAUUUCAUUGUUUUUUUGAUAAACACUUUGCUAAAAAAUGGUGAAUUUUAAAAAACUAAAUUUUAAUUAUCAUAUUAACUGUAAUUCAUAUAACUUAUAUUCUAUUAUCAUUUAUUAUAUUUCUAUUUUAAUAUCUACUAUGUUAUCAAAUAAACAC